UCGUAUGUUUGUGGUCUUCAUCCGGCUCGUUCACUUCCGUUUGAACAGCGCGAACUGGUUGUUUGUUCUCUUUCGUGGAGCUAAGGCCGUAUCGGCGACUUACACCGGUUUGAAAUUUUCAUCCGACUUUGAAAUACAAAAUCCUACUGCGAGACAUGACGACCGAAGCUGAGCUCGCGUGCGUUUAUUCCGCACUGAUCCUCGUCGACGACGACAUCGCCGUGACCGGUGAGAAAAUUCAGACAAUUCUAAAGGCUGCAAAUGUAAACGUCGAGUCUUAUUGGCCUGGACUUUUUGCUAAAGCUUUGGAAGGUGUAAAUGUCAAAGAAUUAAUUACCAACAUUGGAUCCGGAGUUGGAGCAGCACCUGCAGGAGCAGCUCCAGCUGCUGCGGCGCCUGCCAGUGCUGAGGCCGCUCCAGCUAAGGAAGAGAAAAAGAAGGAGGAACCGGAAGAAGAAUCGGACGACGACAUGGGCUUCGGUCUAUUUGACUAAGCUCAACUAUGUUGGUCCAUUCCUUUUAUGUAUGUACAGUUAUGUUGUACAAUAAAAAAUAAAAUAUUUUGACAGGAGGAAUA